UUGGUGGGAGGUGGCCUGUGCUCCUCCAAUCUCCCAUGUGACGCUCCUCAGUCGUUUACAUCUGAGAGCACGGAGACUAUGGAUCAGAAGGUCGGGUUGUUGGUUCUUCUUCUGGCCGUUGGCCUCCUCUGCCUCAGUCUGGCUCCUGUUUCUCAGGCUGAGGACCUGAUGGAGGACGUUCUUGGGGACGAGCUGGACGUGGAGGACGAUCUGGAUCUGGGUAUAGCUGGAAGAGAGGAGGAGGAGGAGGAGGAGCUAGAGGGAGACAUUCAGGAUGAGGAGGCUCCUCUCACACCCAAAACUCCUCCUAUACCCAAGGUGACCUACAAGGCUCCAGAGCCGAUGGGGGAACAUUUCAUCGCUGAGUCUUUUGACCGAGGGACAUUAGACGGGUGGGUGCUGUCGAGCGCCAAGAAGGACGACACUGACGAAGACAUCGCAAAGUACGACGGUAAAUGGGCCGUGGAGGACAUGAAGGACAGUAAGCUCCCCGGUGAUAAAGGUCUGGUCCUGAAGACUCGAGCCAAACAUCACGCCAUCUCCGCUCAGCUGCUGCGACCUUUCACCUUCGACACCAAACCCCUCAUCGUCCAGUACGAGGUGAACUUCCAGGCCGGUAUCGACUGCGGCGGGGCCUACGUGAAGCUGCUGAGUCAGACUCCCGACCUCAACCUGGACCUGUUCGGGGAUAAAACUCCGUACACCAUCAUGUUCGGACCCGACAAAUGUGGAGAAGAAUACAAACUGCACUUCAUCUUCAGACACAAAAACCCCAAAACUGGAGAGUACGAAGAGAAACACGCCAAGAAACCUGACUCCGACCUGAGGACGUACUACACCGACAAGAAAACUCACCUGUACACACUGGUGGUGAACCCUGACAACACCUUUGAGGUGCUGGUGGAUCAGACGGUGGUGAACAGCGGCAGCCUGCUGACGGACAUGACCCCCGCUGUGAACCCCGCCGCUGAGAUCGAGGACCCCGACGACCAGAAGCCAGAGGACUGGGACGAGAGACCCAAGAUCCAGGACCCGGCCGCCACCAAGCCCGAAGACUGGGAUGAGGACGCUCCUGCUCAGAUACCAGAUGAAGAUGCAGUGAAACCUGACGGCUGGCUGGAUGACGAGCCCGAGUACAUCGGAGACCCCGAUGCUGUCAAACCUGAAGACUGGGACGAGGACAUGGACGGCGAAUGGGAGGCCCCUCAGGUCCCAAACCCCGCCUGUGAGACCGCCCCCGGUUGCGGUGCCUGGAAACGGCCGAUGAUCGACAACCCCAACCACAAGGGCAAGUGGAAGCCACCCAUGAUCGACAACCCCAACUACCAGGGCGUCUGGAAGCCGAGGAAGGUCCCCAACCCGGCAUUCUUCGAGGACCUGCAGCCGUUCAGGAUGACUCCGUUCAGCGCCGUGGGCCUGGAGCUCUGGUCCAUGACCUCCGAAAUCUUCUUCGACAACUUCUUCAUCACCGACGACCGCAGCACCGCCGAGCGCUGGGCCGCUGACGGCUGGGGACUGAAGAAGGCUGCCGAGGGCGCCGCUGAUCCCGGUUUGGCUACUCAGAUGAUGAGCGCUGCAGAGGAGCGCCCGUGGCUCUGGGUCGUCUACGUCCUCACCGUGGCUUUACCGGUCGUCCUCAUCAUCGUCUUCUGCUGCACCGGCAAGAAGAAGAGCUCAGAGACGCCGGCAGCCGAGUACAAGAAGACCGACGAAGCUCCUCCUCCUCCUCUUCUUCUACUGAAGACUAAAUGGAACCCCGUGGAAGCAGUGAAGCCGACUAAUCAAGACCUCCAGCAUAUAUGGACGCCUGCUCAUGAUGAUGAUUCCAGUAUGAACAGGACUGAGUUAGUGUAAUUUUUAGAGGAUUUUUUUGUUCAUAAAAGAGAUUAAUUGAGAUGAACUAAAACUUCCUGCAUCAUUCCACCUGAGCAGACUGAAAGUCACGGGAUCAACGCGUCCUGUCUGCCGCACCACCACUACCAUCACCGCCCGGCGCCGUCCUGAGCUAGCAGAGCGCCGCCCUACUAACAGCCUGCUAAUUAGCUCUCAGCUACUUGCUAUAAGUCUCCUGACUGAUGGAAAUUUGGCCUUCGACACCCGCUAGUUAGCCAUUGAUCUGAAGUAGCCAUCUUCCUGUUUUGGGUGACCAUUCAGAGAAGUCUUGCCAAUUAGCAUACCAAAAUGCUCCUAAUUUGCCCGUGACCAUGUGCUAAUUGGGCUAACAGUUGUGCGAAUUAUCCAACCAAAAGUCUUGCCAAUUAGCCUAACAGGCUGCUAACUAGGCUAACAACUGUCAGAAUAAACCUACAAAUGGUCAAGGACAUGGAACCCAAACAUCUUGCUGACUAGCCCACAACCAGGGUGCUAAUUAGGCUAAAAGUAGUUUGAAUUAUCCAACAAAAGUCUUGCCAAUUAGCCUAAUAACGUUUCAAACAGUCUAGUUUGCAACUAGCUUGUAAGCAACAUGUAUAUUCACCUGCUAACAGUUGAUUUAUUAGCCUUCUGUGAGAUUUAUGACCCUACAAAUGAUCAGGGAGUGAACCCACCCAAAAGUGUUGCUAAUUAGUCUCCUAGCAUGCUAAUUAGCUCAUGAACAACUUGGUAGUAAUCAGGCUACUUGUACUACAGUCUUUAAAACUAUCGUCACACAAACUAAUUAGUGUUAACAACGGGCUGCUAACAAGUCCACAAAAUAGUGUAAUUCACUUACCAACAACUAGCUAAUUAGCCUGCUAAGCCGCUAAUUCACCUGCUAAUAGUUGGCUCAUCAGCCUUCCUAGAUUUAUCAAAUUAGCUAGUGAUUAGCCACUGUGCUAAUAUUUAAAAAUGGCCACUGAUACCUUUUUCGUGUCUCGUUUUCUCGUAAUUUAGUUGUGUUUUUGUUGUAAAGCCGUUGGCUCCACACACAGCGCUCAUGUUUCCUCCAUAUUUCUACUGUUGUGUUGUCCUGAUGGCAGCGGGGGGGGUGGAAGGUCAGAGGUCAGAACCACCGGACAUAAGAUCGUUGGAGACGAAUCUUUGGAUUUGACUGUAAAUGUCAAAUGAUUUUUAUUUGUCCAAACAAAUUCAACAGCUGCUCCCGGGUGGACGGACACCCAGCUCCUCUUUCUUCAAACACACAUGAAAAGAAAAGGCACUAAAGGGAGAAAGAAAAGCGCUUAAAACCCUCUCACCUGUCCACCUGAACACCUCGACCAAUCAGAGACACUCCAACAUGAACCCAUGUCGGGAGUUUAGCACCAUUUAUUGUAACAAUCGUCACUUGAGCGUGACAAACAACUGUUCCCUGAAAGAACUUUGAUGAAAUAAUCCUAACUCAA